AUGGAUGCUUAUUCAGGAUACAACCAAAUCAGGAUGAAGGAGGCUGAUCAGGAGAAAAUCGCUUUUAUAACCGACCGAGAAUUAUAUUGCUAUAAGGUGAUGUCCUUUGGCUUGAAGAAUGUUGGGGCAACUUACCAGAGGUUGGUCAACAAAAUGUUUAAAGACCAGAUCGAAAGAAACAAGGAAGUGUCUGUCGACGAUCUCCUAGUGAAAAGUAUGGAGUUUGACCAACAUGUGGAAGACCUUAGGGAGGCUUUUCAUGUUUUAUGUCGGUACCAAAUGAAGCUCAACCCAACGAAGUGUGCAUUCGGAGUGCAAUUGGAAAAUUUUCUCAGUUUUAUGGUGUUAGAAAGAGGAAUUGAAGCAAAUCCUGAGAAAAUCAGAGCAAUAAUGGAGAUGAAGUCGCCCACAAACUUUAACAAGUCACACCAAGCCAUAGGAGCCAUUAUCGCUAUACUUAGCCUGACUCUGGACGCAGUGUCAGCUGCAUUGAUACGAGAGGAGGGGAAGGAACAAAAGCUGGUGUAUUACGUAAGUAGGGCCCUAAGAGGAGCCGAUGCCAGAUAUCAGAAGGUUGGGUUAGUCGCCUUCGUCGUGGUGGUAGUAGCAAGGCGAUUUUGGCCUUACUUCCAAGCCCAUCCAAUAAAGGGGAUCACCUCAUCACCUCUGCAUAAGGUGUUGCAGAAACUAGAUAUCUCGGGAUGGUUGGUCAAAUGGUCAAUUGAGCUGAGUGAAUAUGACAUCAGUUACAUACCAAAAAGUGUCGUGAAGGGGCAGAUCUUGACCGAUUUCGUAGCAAAGUUUUCAAACUUCAGAGAAGAAAUCCAUAAACCACCUGAGAAGAAUCUGAGGCAAGUAUAUGUGGAUGGAUCAGCCUGCCGAGCAGGGGGAGGAGUUGAUGCGCACGUAGUAACGAGUGAAGGGGAAGAGUUGUACCAUGCAGUACGAUUGGAGUUCAAGGUAACAAACAACGAAGCUGAAUAUGAAACAAUACUCGCUAGUGUAGCAAUAACAAGGGUAUUAGGAGGCGAGGAAGUCGAGAUGAAAGUCGAUUCACAGGUAGUAGUCGGGAAAAUCACUGGGGAGUAUUUGGAGAGGGGAACCAAGUUAAUAAAAUACCUUCACCAAGUCCAGGAGUAG